AUGGGCAAAUACUCAGACGACACAACAUGGGAUGACAUCGUGCCUCUCCCUCAAGACGACGGCGGACCCAACCCCCUCGCCGCAAUCGCAUACACAGACGAGUACUCGGAAGCAAUGUCCUACCUACGCGCCAUCAUGGCCAAGAACGAGAUGAGCGAGCGAGCUCUGAGCCUCACCGAGGACAUCAUCGACAUGAACGCCGCCCACUACACCGUCUGGCUCUACCGCUCCGAAAUCCUCAAAGCCCUCGACUCGGACCUCUCGCAAGAACUGGACUGGCUCAACGAAACCGCCCUCGCACACCAAAAAAACUACCAAAUCUGGCACCAUCGCCAAUUAGUCGUCGACCGCUUGAACUCUUGCGCCGGCGAAGCAGAAUUUAUAUCUCAAAUGUUUGACCUCGACGCAAAAAACUAUCACGUAUGGAGUUAUAGACAAUGGUUGGUGCGAAGAUUCAACCUUUGGGACGAGGGAGAAUUGGAAGCGACGGAGAAACUGAUUGAUGAGGACGUGAGAAAUAACUCGGCGUGGAAUCAUCGGUUUUUUCUCGUUUCUGGGGGUGAGGAGCCAAAGGUUGGGGACAAGGCUGUGGUGGAUAGAGAGAUUGAAUUCGCCCACAAAGCAAUCCACAAAGCACCCCAAAACCAAUCCCCCUGGAACUACCUCCGCGGCAUCCUCUCCGCCGCCAACCUCCCCAUUUCCUCUCAGCUGGACUUUGUCAACAAAUUCGCAACUGUGGACUCUGAACACGAGAAUGCUGUGAAAUCCAGCCAUGCAUUGGAUUUGCUGGCGGAGAUUUAUGCUGUGGAGAAGAGUAACAGAGAGAAAGCUGUCAAAGCUUAUGAUUUGUUGGCUAGCAAAUACGAUCCGAUCAGAGCUAAUUAUUGGGCGUAUCUGAAGGGCCAGUUGGGGCAGGAGCAGGCGGUUGCUUGA